AUGCUGCAAACCCCAUUUGGAUUAGAAGACAGUGACAGUGAGAAUGAGCGAUUCAAUCGAUGCUCUGUGCAUAUACAGACGUGGACCUAUAUUCAUAAUGGGAUCUCGACUUUCGUCUGCCUCAUCGCGUUCAUCUUCGGCGUUAUGGCACUGCUUUGGCCUGAGUGGCACGAAUGGUUGACUCUCUAUAAGCAAUAUUUAGCAUACGCUCGCCGAGCAGAUCCAAUCCUUUACUGGCUUUGCUACAAGAUUUUCUUCAUCUCAUGGAUUUUCAUUCAUGUCACGCAUUUUAUGACGAUAAUUGUUACGAUCAUUGGGAUACAGACAAUCCGUCCAUCGCUCGUUUUUCCGCAACUCAUUCAUUUAAUGGUUCAUCUAGGGCUGCUAACUGUUUUGCUAGCAGCCGUUCUAAUCAUUUGCUCGACGGCCGCAAAAAUAGCAUGGUUCACACUGGGGCUCAUCUUGAUCUUUAUGUUUCCUGUUUGUUCAAAUCUCUACAUUCUCGUCGUCUUCUACGAGUUUAUCUACGAGAAAUACGACGCUCUUCAAGCGGUGCUCGCGAACACAAAACAAGUGCAUUUUAAGGAAAGA